AUGAUCAAAUUCACUUUAUGGAAAGUAUUAUAUUAUAAUAUAAUUUUAAGUUUGGACAAUGGGAUAAUGAUCAAUUUUAUGUACACAUUGAUGAUGAAUAAGUUUAUAAGUAAACAUUUUAAAUGUUAGAUGGAUUAAGCAUAUGUGGAGAGUAAUUCUUAUUAUUUAUGAAUUUUAAGUUGUAAACCAGGGUAUGGCUAGAAAUUAGUGAAUAUAGAAAUAAUCUAAAAACAUAAGAAGAAUGAAAUGACAGUGAAAUUCUCUUCUUCUUUAAAGUAAGGUACAAAUAUUUUAACAAUAUUUUAGAUCCUGAAGAUCAAUCAUGGGGAAUACGAGAUUUUUUUGCUUUUGUAGCUGAAUGCCCUAAAUUUUGUAAGAGUUGCUUUGGAUCUGGAGAUAAUGAAUGUUUAAAAUGUGAAGAAACUCAUUAAUUAAUUGAAGGAAAAUGUGUUAAUAAAGACGAUUGGUUUAUUUUAUCAAAAGAGUUUAAUGAACCAUCAAGUUUUAAAAAGAUAAAAGAAUGGUAGAUUGAUAAUAUAGAUCCUAUUCAAUCUGAGGUAGAUACAUCUCCUAUUACACAGUGUGGUAAGGAUAUCAGUAUUGUUGGAGGCUAUAAAAUAUUGGCUAAAGUAUAAUAUAUAAUAAUAUUCAGAAAUCAUAAGUUUCAAAAAUAUAUACUAACAUUCCUGCACAUAAUUUCUUAAGAUUAAGAAUUACUAUGUAUAAAAUAGACAGAUGGGAUGGAGAAGAGUUGCUUAUAUUAGGAGAUAAUAAAUAAAUAUGGAGUCAGCUUUUAGGUUGGAAUGACCCUGGACAAUCUAAUAUUUGUGGUGAUCCUAAAAGUCCAUGGAAAGAAAGAAUUAUGUUUAUAGAUUAAGUUAUUGAGCAUAAUAAAGAUGAAUUUAAAUUAACUAUUACAUCAACAUUAUAGGUAACUGCUGAUAUAGCUUCAUGGGGAUUUAGAGAUUUAAUGAUAUUAUAUUCUCCAAUAAAAGAAUGUAUUACUGUUUUUAGUGAAUGUAAUUAUUAGGGAGAAUAAGGAUAGAUUUGUGAUAAUGUUGAAGAAUUAAAUAAGGUAUAUUGAUUCAAUACUUUAUCGAUAGUUUGAUUUCCAUAUAAAGUCUAUGCAGAUACCAGAAGGAUUGAAAUUUGUUGGAUUUAAGAAUGCUCAAUUCAAAGGUGACAGAGUUGAGUACACAACAAAUUAGAAAUGUCUUGAAGAUAUUUAAUAUUCAUUCAUCUAAAGAUUAUGA